GUGAAGGAUCUACUCACGGGGGAAUCCUUGGCCCGCGGCCGGAGUGAAAACAAUCUCUAUGUUUGGCCUCGUUCCACUCGUCCUCAAGUCAAUCUCACAGUCUCUCAAUUAUGGCAUUACCGCCUCGGUCAUCCAUCUGCUCAAGUCCAUCGUCAAUUAUGUCCCCAAAAUAAACCUGUUGACUCAUGUGAUUCAUGUAUUCAAGCAAAAAUGCAUAAAUUACCUUUCUCUUCUUCCUCAAUAAAAUGUACCCGUCCAUUUCAGUAUUUAUAUACCGAUGUAUGGGGUCCAUCCCCGGUUACCUCAAUUAAUAAUGAACGAUAUUAUGUUCUAUUUAUUGAUUACUAUUCCAAAUACACUUGGUUAUUUCCGCUCAAAUAUAAAUCAGAUGUUUAUUCUGUCUUUGAUAAAUUUCGUGCUCUCAUUGAAAAUUAUUUUAGCACAAAAAUUCAAACUCUUUAUAGUGAUGGUGGCGGUGAAUUUCAAGCUCUCACACCUCUACUCUCCAAACAUGGAAUUGAGCAUCUCAAAUCUCCCCCAUAUACACCUGAACAUGUCGGUUCUGCUGAACGUAAACACCGUCAUGUUACUGAAACAGCUCUUACCCUCUUAUUUUAUGCCGGGGUCCCACUCAAAUUUUGGACCUAUGCAUUUCAACAUGCAUCAUAUCUCAUAAAUCGUCUCCCAACUCCACUCUUAUCUCACCAAAGUCCAUUUUCCAAAUUAUUCGGAGACACUCCUAAUUAUCGGACUCUUCGUAUUUUUGGAUGUCUUUGUUAUCCCUGGCUCCGUCCAUAUAGUAAUCAUAAAUUACAACCUCGUUCUCGUCCUUGUUUAUAUCUCGGUUUCUCCCCCACACAUCAUGCAAAUUACUGUCUUGAUUUAUCAACAAAUCGUAUGUAUAUUUCUAGGCAUGUAAUUUUUCAUGAACAUAUUUUACCCUGUAAAUCAGCUAAUACUCCUCUCACCGUUCCUCCACAUAUACUUGAACAAUUCUAUCCAUCUCUCACCCCCCAAACGGCCACCACUAAUUCCUCCAGCAAAUCUGCGCCACAUUUACCUAGUCAACACUUAUCUCCUCACCUUGUCAUCCCUUAUCCUUCCACUACUGAUCCACCUUCCCCCACAAAUUCUAUCUCUCCACCUCACCUAAAUAAUACCCCACCAACCUCUCCACUCAAUAAUACUCCACCAACAUCUCCACUUAAUAACAAUAUCCCAUCUACGUGCAUUAAUUCUAAUGCACCCCCAAGUCAACCCAUAUCCUCACCCAACAUCCCACCUCCCACUCAUUCCACCCAACAUCCAUCUACGUGCAUGAAUUCUCAUGCAUCAAGUAAGCCUCUUCUCUCUCCCCGUAUCACCCGUUCUAAAAACAACAUUUUCAAGCCUAAUCCAAAAUAUGCCUUGCAUACUACACUUCAAACCCCUGCACCAGUUGCUCCCACAACCUUCAAACAAGCAAAUCUCCUUCCUCAUUGGCGCACUGCUAUGCAGGAAGAAAUCACUGCUCUUCAUAAAAAUCAAACAUGGUCUCUUAUACCUCCUGAUUCCACACAAAAUGUUAUUGGUUGUAAAUGGGUUUUUCGGGUUAAGCAAAAUUCUGAUGGUUCUGUUGCACGAUAUAAAGCAAGGCUUGUUGCCAAAGGUUUUCACCAACGCCCUGGCGUUGAUUUUACUGAUACUUUUAGCCCGGUUGUUAAGCCGACUACCGUCCGAAUUGUUCUCACUUUAGCGGUUACUCAUCACUGGCCAAUUAGACAAUUGGAUGUUAAUAAUGCUUUUUUACAGGGCACCUUAUCUGAUAAAGUUUUCAUGCAGCAACCUUUCGGUUUUGUUGAUCCAAAUCAUCCUAGCCAUGUUUGCCUCCUCCACAAAGCUCUCUAUGGUCUGCGUCAAGCACCCCGGGCAUGGUACUGUGAACUUCGCACCUAUCUCCUCGCCUCUGGUUUUACUAAUAGCAAAAGUGAUGUCUCCCUCUUCAUCCAUCAUACAUCGGGCUGUCUUCUUUUCCUCUUGGUUUACGUGGAUGACAUCAUCAUCACGGGUAACUCUGAAUCUACUGUUCUAUCAUUUAUUACCCGGUUGGCCAGUCGGUUCUCUCUCAAAGAUUUGGGCUCCUUAUCAUAUUUUCUUGGUUUGGAAGCCUUACGCUCAUCAUCAGGACUUUUUCUCAGUCAACACAAGUAUACCCGUGACUUACUUAGUCGUACCAACAUGCAAGAUGCCAGUUCUGUACCUACACCUAUCUCCCCUAAUGACCAUCUAUCAUUGAAAGAUGGUGCUGCCCCUUACGAUCCCAAAGAGUACCGUAGUGUUUUAGGUGCUCUUCAGUACUUGUCCUUCACCCGUCCAGAUAUCAGUUUUGUAGUCAACAAAUUAGCCCAGUUUAUGCAUUGUCCCUCUACGCUCCAUUGGCAGGCUGUUAAACGUGUCCUUAGAUAUCUCAAAGGCACAACUCAUUUUGGUAUUUAUAUAUCUGCUCAUACUCCUCUCUCUUUGCAUGCAUUUGCUGAUGCCGACUGGGCCGGUGAUACUGAUACACGUCACUCUACUUCUGCUUAUGUCAUCUUCAUUGGCCGUAAUCCCAUUAGCUGGAGCUCAAAAAAGCAAACUACCGUUGCUCGUUCAUCUACUGAAGCUGAAUACCGGGCCAUUGCCGGUGCCACAGCCGAACUCACUUGGAUACGUAAUCUUCUUAAAGAAUUGCACAUUUCUCCUCCCCGUGCUCCUACUGUUUAUUGUGACAACCUAAGUGCUACCUAUGUGUGUGCCAAUCCAGUGUUUCACUCACGUAUGAAGCAUGUUGCUAUUGAUUUUCAUUUUGUCCGUGAACAAGUUGCUAAUGGUUCUCUUCGAGUUGUUCAUGUUCCCACUCACGACCAACUUGCUGAUUCCCUCACAAAACCUCUUCAUCGGAAGUUGUUUCUCUCUCAUCGAUCCAAGCUUGGCAUCCUCCCCGGAUCCCUUUGCUUGCGGGGGCAUGAUAG